CAUUAUGGUAUGCUAGCAGGUGUGUCCCCUGAGAGCAGGUGGGUGGAAGGACCAUGUAGUAUAUAUAUAUAAGGGAAAUGCUGCCCAGCAAUCAGUGUCACAAAAAUGAGUAAUGCUGAAUUUCCUUUGCUAUCAAACAGAAAAUACAUGCACUUUGACAGUCUUCAGACCUAUAGAAGAGGAUAGUCAUACAACCAAACUAAAGGCAGCAUUUUCUUCAAUUUGAGCUUAUCUGAUUAUGAUGCUGUAAUGUGAAGUAGUGAGAGCUGGCACACAUCAUCCACCAGUAUAUAUCUCUAAUCAACUUGAGUGCAAUAUACAUAUUGAUAAUACAUCAGGGAAAUAAAGUGGCUGAUCAAGAUGGCUGCAUUCAUAGCCAAACAACUUGUUGGUAAUAAGCUGGAGUCCGUAAAGGGUGCUGUUGGGGGUGGUGAUGAUGAAUCAAAGGGAGAAGAGGGUGAAGCAGGGGAAGACCCAGAAGUUGCAGAAGCCAGGAGAGAGGCAGAGGAAAAACGCAUUGAGAAACAUCGAAAAAUGGAAGAGGAAAGAGAAGAGCUGAGGCAGGGCAUAAGAGACAAGUACGGCAUCAAGAAGAAGGACCCCUUUGCUAUAAUGGAGGACCCAGAUAUGGAAGGACGUCUUGGAAGAAAAAGAAAAACCCCAGCCGAACUUGCAGCAGAGGCACAGGCAGCAGAAGAGGAUGAAGGAAGCCUCCCACUUCCUGGGAAUUUGGGGGAACUAACAUCUAAAGCUUCUGAACUGAAAGGAGAACUCACAGCUAAAGUAACAGAAAAGUGUACAGUGCAGUGAUGUGGUGGUGGUGGUGGUGGUCGUUUUAGCAUCAUUUUGGAUUUUGUUUGCAAAUGUGACUAACUGCUUCAGGAACCAGGUUCUACAUUUAAUAUCAAGACUGUAGAAGUAAAACACAUAACUCAUUUACCUACACUAACAAGAACACCAUUGCGUAUAAAGGAAAUAUCUGAUUUGCAUGUCUUUCAGCUAGGCACAGAGCUGAAAAAGUUAUAUGUAAGUCUAUGCACUUGGGGUUUGGGUAUAUAACUUUCCCUCCCAAGUAUUGUUUAUCCAGAUAACAAGUACACUUACAAGACUAAGAAAAUGAAUGUUGGACGUAUGUUUUGUUCUUCUUGUCGUUGUUGUCUUCUUUAGCAUUAAAGCGAAUCUGGAAUUGCCAAUCAGAUUGCUUUUUAGCCCUGUCUAGAGACUGAGGCAUGCUGUAUGUAGAAGUGUUUAAAUUUUUUCCUUUGUCAUUGCAUGACUAUUGGCAUAAUCUUAUAGAUUUGGCAAGAUACUAGUAAUGCUAUGGUUUCAUGUUACAUAUCCAAACCUCAAAAUUAUGUGUUCAUUUCAAAGUGAUGAGAAUAAUAUAAUGUAAAUGCAAUAAUGUCAUAUUGUUACGAAUUAAUAUAUAAAUCUGCUUUCAUAACUUGGAUUUCAAAGUCACCUUGACAGUAUUUUGAUUAUUUAACCUAUGUGAGUAUUAUGGGGAAUUGCAUUUCUACACCAGGGUUUGAAAUUGACUUUUUAAGUCCAAGUUUCUUUCUGCUUGAAUAAAUCAAAACCACAUAGAUAAAUGGACCAAAUGCUUUAGGCGUUGUGUAACAUAGCGAGGCAUUGAGUAUUUGUAUAGUUAAGACUGUAUGUGUUGGAUGUCCUUAAAUGUAUAAAUGGAUUUGUAAUCAGUAAAUAUUAAAUGUGAGGCAGAGCACUGAAAAUGUUAGAGUGCAGAUGGAUGGCAGUGCCAUGGAUGGAUCUCCCAGGUACUCGGUGGUUACAUGUCAUGUACAUGUUAAUUAAUGGCCAAGUAUGCUGUAGACCUGUUGAUGUUCUUCAGAAAAACAUGUACAGAUGACUCCGAAGAGAUCUGAGAUAUACUUUUAACUUGGUUGAAUUAGUUUUUUUUUUGUUUGUUUGUUUGUUUGUUUGACAUGAGAAAUCUUUAUUUUUGUAUUAUUUUAUGAAUUUUUAAAAAUACAUUCUGUUGUAUAUAUCAUAUUACAACUAAUAUUUCAGUUAUGUUUGCUUAUAUUGUUUAAUGUUAUUCCCUCACUGCUGCAUAUUGUAUCUGUAUAUCAAGAAAAUAUCUCAAGACCUUAAUUGCUUGUGUCAGUGAAAUAGUUUUAUGGAUAUGAUAUUGGACAUCUGCAUGUGUUUUGCAGUAAUAACAUACUGCACUUAAUUAGUUUCAAAACAAAUAUAAAACUGUACAGGAUAAUGGCUUUUAUGAAAUGUCAUGUUCUGCACACUAAAUUAAUAUUUAUCGAUUAAGUGAAACUUUAAAAAAAGGUUCUAAGUUUUGUUUGGUAUAUAAUUUUUUGUUUAUGUUUUGGUAUGUUGGGGUAGGGUUUAGAGUUGCAAAUAGACACAUCAGACACCAGUGGUUUGUAACAAAAUUGAUCCGGUAGCAAGUUAUGUGAAUGUUCAAGCAAAUAAGAGUGACACAUGCUUUUCUCUUGGGGUGUACAAUAUACAAAACACUUGUAACAGAUGUGUGUAAUUUAUUAUUUGAAUUAAGUUAUUACUUUGGUCAUUUACAUCAAGCUUUAUUUUAAUAAAUUUUAUUUUAAAAAAGUAGUAGAUAUACGUAUGAAUAGCCAGUGACAACCAAGUGUAGGCUAGCAUAAUUCAAGGUUGUGUUCCAGCGUAUGAUGUUAGAACAGUCUUGUCAGUAAGCUGUGUAAGCACCUUAUGGCAGUGCGUAUCCUACGUGGAAAUUGUUGUAUGUAGAAUCAUAAAGAACAAAAAAUAAAUUAUCAAACAGAA